AUGGUUCGCUCUGCCCUCCGCUACUGCUCCUCUCUGCGCAACAUCAACCCUCUCCGCACAACGUCGACGCUCACGCACACUCUGCGAUCCGUUCCCUUUAUAAAGCAAGACCCACUUCGAGCCAAACAUACAGCCAUCGACCCGCUCCACCCGUUCGAUCCGACCCGCGUUCCCAAGUACGAUCCCUCCUCAUCCGUCGUCGCCAUGAAGUCGUACUCGAAGUACUUUCCCUCCGAAUCGGAUGCCCUGGUCAAGCUUGAUUUUGACGGCGAGAAGCGCAUCUGGGUGCUGACGAUGUUGGGCAAAGAGACGCCGGACAACCGAGUGACGCACAAGCUGAUCGGUUCGGCGCUGUUGCCCGCCCUGGAGCACGUCGAGGACGCCUGGAGUGACAUGCUCGGCUCUGGCGAAUCGUCUGAAGGAGCCGCACUCAUUUCCACCGGAGGCACAGACGCUUCGGCGAAAAUCUACUCGAACGGCCUCGACUUUGAAAAAGCCACGGCAGACCCGCACUUUUUCGACACUCACCUCAAUGCGCUCUACGAGAAGCUGCUCACGUUCCCCAUUCCCACCAUCGCCGCCAUCAACGGACACGCAUUCGCCGCCGGUUUCGGACUCGCCUGUUCGCACGACUACCGCGUCAUGAACGCCAAGCGCGGGUACCUGUGCAUGAACGAGAUCGACUUCGGCGCACCCUUGCCGUUCGGCCUGCAGAAGGCGCUCGCCAGCAAGAUCUCCGACCAAAAGACCAUGCGCAAGAUCGUUCUCGAGGGGCAUAGGUUCAGUGCAAAGGAGGCAUACGACGCUGGAAUCGUAGAUGUGCUCGCCGAAUCGCCUCAAGACACGCUGGAUAAAGCGGUGGAGUUGGCAGGACGCUUCAAGAUCAAGGCAAAGAUGAACGCAUAUGGCAGCAAUAAGCAGGUCAUCUACGCAGACGCCAUCAAGGUGAUGAGGACGAGCAACGACGAUGCCAAUGAGCAGCUGUUUACGCCUCGUGCCAAGUAUUGA